AGGUCAGCUUCCAGUGUAUAAAACCUCCGCGGACGCCCAGCAGAAGUAUCAAUCGCAAACAACAAACAAUCCAAUCAACAUGAACACUUUCAUCGUAGUAUUCGCUGCUGCUUUGGCUUUGGCCAACGGUGGAGUCAUUGCUCCAGUUGGAGUAGUAACUCAGACCAUUGUCGCCCCAGUCGUUAAGAGCAGUUUGAUCCAAGGGCCAAGCACCAGCACCCACAUCGUUGGACCAGAUGGUAGCCAAAUCAUCGCCAACGCCCCAGGAGCCACCAUCCACACCUCCGAGCAUGUAGGAGCAGUCAGUGAAGUCGUCGCUCCAAUUGCCCCAGCUGUAGUCGCCAAGACCAUCGUUGCUGCCCCAGCUUUGGUAGCUGCUGCUCCAACUUUCUACGCUGCUGCUCCAGCUCUCAUCGCCUCUCCAGUCCUCCCCAACGGAUACCCACUCUUGGCUCCAGGCUCCGGACUCGAAGGACAAUACGUGCAAGACAUCAACGAGAAACUCUACGAUGACGGCUCUUACAAAGGUGAAAUCUACGCUUAAACUCAACCGUUUCCAUGUACUGAUUCAUUCUUGCGUAUGAUGGUUUUUGUAAAUUUUAACUUAAUUUUAAGGUUUAUAGAAAUCAAUAAAUAAUUUUAUUUGUA